CCUUUGUGUGAAGCACAGUCGGAGCAAAGCAGCGGCAGCGCACGCCGAAUCUCUCCUGUCUACCCUGCUCUGAGAGACGUGGAUCAGCCCUUCCAGAACCGGAUCUCUGCCUCGCCUCAUCCCGCAUCACCCCGACGGGAGCUUUAAUCCUCUUUCUUUACUCUUCGAGGUAGAGAGCUGUUUGCAGAAAUAAAGCUGUUGCAAAGAAAGGGGAGCGGGAGAGCAGAAGAGGAGCAAGCAAGCCAGCCAGUCCAAGAGGCAGACGGAAAAGAGCGCAAAAAGCGCCGAACUCUCCCAAGGCAGGCACGGAGAGACCUGCGCCUGGGCUCUGCCAAGUGGCGUGGGAGGGGAGACCAGAACUUGAAGUUACCUGUCCUGCCAUAGGAGAAAAAGCAGGGGCUUAGACUGCCCCUUUCGCAGCCCUCGGCAGACGAGAACGGAGCUUUUCGGAAGAGUUUUGCUCCCCCCCCCUUUCUUCUGCUUGCAAAGCAUAAACGGAUGUGAGGCAGGGAAGGUGCUUUUUUUGCUUCUUCUAAACUCAGGGCACCUCAGCCUUUGGAGGAGGGGGGCCGUUUUGCUUUUUACUCGAGUAUAAGCACAAAGAGGGAAGCCGAGGAGUUUGCUUGAUGUUUUAGGGCAAUGGACGUAAGAUUUUAUUCGCCACCGCCACCAGCACCACCUCAGUCGGGCGCCGCUCCUGAUAUCCCCUGUCUAGGACCUUCUCCUUGCUUGGACCCCUACUACUGCAACAAGUUUGACGGUGAAAACAUGUAUAUGAGUAUGACAGAGCCGAGCCAGGAGUAUGUGCCAGCCAGCCAGCAAAGGGAACAUGGGUCAGGACUGCCAGUUAAAUUAGACUGCAACCUGCUACCACUAAUCAAGAGAUUUACUCCCUUGUUUGGCAAGGAGCCUGAUGGAAAGACUCUGCUCUCUACUUGUCAGUCUUUUCCUGGUCCAAGCCUUGAAAGUGAAGAUUUUAACAUACCUCCCAUCACUCCACCUUCAUUACCUGACAAUUCACUAGUGCAUUUGAAUGACACAGAAUCUGGUUACCCUUCACUGUGUCACUCUAUCAACCAUAAUGGCCUGCUUCCAUUCCACCCACAAAAUAUGGAUCUACCUGAAAUCACAGUCUCUAAUAUGCUUGGCCAAGAUGGAACGAUGCUUUCAAAUUCUUUGUCUGUGAUGCAGGAAUUACGGAAUGCAGAAGGAACUCAAUAUAAUUCCCAUCCACAGUUAGCAGCCAUGAGACCAAGGGUCCAGCCUGGAGAUAUGAGGCAACCAGGAAUAAUGCAACAUGGCCAGCUGACAACUAUUAACCAGUCACAACUAAGCGCUCAACUUGGUUUAAAUAUGGGUGGAAACAAUGUUCCUCACAACUCUCCAUCUCCCCCUGGUAGCAAAUCUGCCACUCCUUCACCAUCCAGUUCAGUUCAUGAAGAUGAAGAAGAUACUUCAAAGAUCAAUGGGGGAGAAAAAAGACCUGCCUCUGACAUGGGAAAGAAACCCAAAACUCCCAAGAAGAAGAAAAAGAAGGAUCCUAAUGAGCCACAAAAACCUGUUUCUGCCUAUGCAUUAUUUUUCCGAGACACUCAAGCAGCUAUUAAGGGCCAAAAUCCAAAUGCUACUUUUGGUGAAGUUUCUAAAAUUGUAGCAUCUAUGUGGGAUGGCUUGGGAGAAGAGCAAAAGCAGGUAUAUAAAAAGAAAACUGAAGCUGCUAAGAAAGAAUAUCUGAAGCAGUUAGCUGCGUAUAGAGCAAGCCUUGUAUCAAAGAGCUACAAUGAACCCGUGGAUGUUAAGGUAUCCCAGCAACCUCAGAUGAUGAGCCCAAAGCAGCCAGUAUUCCAUGCAUCCACACAGCCUCAUUCAGCAAUGUACUUAGGUUCCCAUUACCACCAACAAACAGGAAUGAAUCCUCAUAUAACAGCCAUACAUCCCAAUAUUCCAAGGAAUAUAGCACCUAAGCCUAACAACCAAAUGCCAGUGACUGUUUCAAUAGCCAACCUGGCUGUAACUCCUCCACCAACCCUUCAGAUGAGUCCCCCAAUUCAUCCACAUCUCAGUAUACAGCAACAUCAGACACUUACAAUGCAGCAAUCCAUUGGAAAUCAGUUGCCAAUGCAAGUGCAGUCUGCUAUACAUUCACCAACAAUGCAACAAGGUUUUACUCUCCAGCCUGAUUAUCAGAAUAUUAUCAAUCCAGCAUCUACAGCUGCACAAGUUGUUACCCAAGCAAUGGAAUAUGUUCGUUCAGGGUGCAGAAAUCCCCCAGCACAGACUGUGGAAUGGAAUAAUGAUUACUGCAGUAAUGGGGCCAUGCAGAGGGACAAAGCACUGUAUCUUACCUGAAAAUAUUCUGGAAAUGCAUCUCUUCUUUUCGCUGAGGAAUGCAGGGAAGUCUUUUCAUCAUGGAUUGCUUUAUGCAGUCAAGGCAGUUCUGCAUUUAUUUAGAACAUAUAAGGUCGCUAAGCACUUAGGACUAUUUUUGCUGGUGGGUCAUUCACUCUGGGAAAAAAAUGUCUUGUUCCUCCACCCCUCCUUUCUUUUUCUUUCUCCUUCCUUAAAUGGACAUUGCUUUUCUUCCUUCCUUGCAGGAGGAGGAUUGGACCAUUUGGAUUUUGUUGGUUUUUAUUUUUGCUGUGAAGUGCUGCGCUAGUAACUGCCUUAGCAACUGUAGAUGUCUUGGAUAAAAAUCCUGGAUUUUCCAUUGGUUUUCAUAAUGGGUGUUUAUAUGAAACUACUAAAGACUUUUUAAAUGGCUUUAUGUAGCAGUCAUAGCAAGUUGUAAAUAGCAUCUAUGUUUCACUCUCCUAGAGUAUAAAAUGUGAAUGUUUUUUGUAGCUAAUUGUACUUUGAAACUGGCUCAUUCCAGUUUAUUGAUUUCACAAAGGGGGUUAAAUUGGCAAACAUUCAUAUUUUUACUUCAUUUUUAAGCAACUGACUAAUAGUUCUAUAUUUUCAAACUCUGAAAAGAAAGAUGAAAAUUAUUCCCAAAUGAAUUUAAUUAAACAGAAAUUGGGUUUGUGUCAUUAAUUAUACAAAGAAAAAAAUGAUAUUGGGAAAAGAGCAAACACAUUUAUUUUGUACUGCCUAAAACUGCUUUUUUAUCACUUUAUGUGUAACAGUUAGUAAAUGUCAUUUACGUCCUCUUAUGUAUAAAACUGCCAAAUGCUUUCUUGAUAUUUUAUUAGAUGCAGAAACAGAUUGGAAACAGCUAAAUUAUAAUCUUUACAUAUGGUUCUGUAUUAUUGUUUCUUCAUCCUGUGUCUGUAUUUAAUCUUUUUUUAUGGAAGCUGUUGCGCCUAUUUAUGAAAUAAUAAAUAUAGGUGUUUGUAAGUAAAUUUGUUAGCAUCUUAAAAAGGAUUUUUUUAAAAAAAAUACUUUUGUGGGCAUCGGUGUAUUUGCUGCUGAUAUGAUUUUUUUUUCCUGUGAGAUCAAUAAAGCCAACCAGCUUUUGUGGCAGAAAAUGGAAAUAAUAAGAAA